AUGUCGUUGGACUUCACCCCGCCGGCGGGAAUUGACCUGUCUGAAUCGCGGCAACCACAGCUGUACGCUGCAUUUAUCUCCACUUUCUGCCUGGCAGUAGUUGCUGUUGCUCUUCGCCUGAAGUGCAGACUUGGCCAUCUGCGGCCAGGACUAUGGUGGGACGACUACAUGAUAUGUGCUUCCUUGCUUAUGACAGCGGGAAAUUUCGUGGCCAUGGUAAUAUGGAUACCUAGAGGACUUGGAAAGCAUAUAUAUCCAUAUGGCCUCAAGGGUUUUGGAGACUUCUUUUUGAAUCUCUUCGUCAUUGAGAUUCUCUACACCCUAUCUAUAUGCUUCACGAAGUACUCUAUCCUAUUAUUCUAUUGGCGAAUUUUCAAUGCCACCAGCAUCCGUAUCCCAAUAUAUAUCAUUGCCAGUCUGGUAACUGGAUGGGGUAUUGGGGUGAUUGGCACAACCAUCUUCCAAUGUCUACCAAUUCAGGGCUUCUGGGACAAGACAAUUCCGGCAGUAUGUGGAGUUGAUGUGAACAGUUUCUUCAUUGGCAAUGCGGUGCCGAAUAUUGUAACCGAUUGGGCCUUGUUGCUCCUGCCACUUCCAUACAUUUGGCGUCUACACAGGAACACUGUCCAGAAGCUUGCAAUCUAUGCAACUUUCCUACUCGGUGGAUUUAUUUGCAUCAUAUCAAUUAUCCGACUUACUAUAAUGCUGGAAGCCUACAAAGUCCCUUCAAUUGACGUUACAUGGGUGUUCAUCGGCCCAUCCACGUGGACUGCUGUCGAGACGAACAUCGGAGUCGUUUCAGCGUGUCUACCUUCUCUCCGUCCCCUGCUACGGCAUUUUGGUGGCUCAACAGAACAAAAACCAUCAUAUAACCCCCGCGAAGGACAAGGCUUCAGUGGAGGCAGCGGAUAUUCCUACGGCUCUGCCUGGGCCAAAAAAAGCCCAUACCACCGUAACGGGACAGACAACACCACAACAACAGAAGGUUAUUCCUCCGACCAGAACUUGACGGAGAUAAAUGUUCGUACGUCCGUGGAUGUUCGAGGAGAGGAGAUAAUGAGCAAUAACGCAGGAUAUAACACUGCACGAUACAAUAGUAAUGCCCAGCCAUGA